CUGGGAAGGAGGGUCCGGGAGGUUCCCAUGUGCUCCCAGCCCCUCUAGGUCCUGCUCUUGGUCCCCGGCCCUGUCCUGGGCACUGCUGCAGCCACUGCAGCCUUUCCGAGUCCACUCUCGCUUCCCAGGCAGGCAGGAGUUUGGGUUGGUGGAGCCUCUGCAGUAUUUCCAUAGCAGGGGCCCCAGCCCAGUCCCUGGUUCCGCGGCUCCUGCUGGCCUCUGUAUUGCUUUGUUUGAAUGUUUCCUGUCUCUCCCCUACAUUCUCCACCUUCCCAUGGAUGUUCCAUUCCCAAGUUCAGAAGCCAAGUCCUCCCCCUUUCCAGAGCCCACCUCACAUCUGUUCUGCUGUCAGAGAGCACCUCUGGCUGUGAAAGGCCCUCCUGCUGGAGCUGCCCACAAUAAAAAUUUGGAAUGUUUCAACAAUGCCACACACACUGGAAUCAACGUGGUUCGAGCUUGCUAUGGGCUUGUUGACCAGGGGAAUAGAAGAGUGCCAAGAAUAAUUUUGAAACGGCUCAUUCGAACACAGCUCAGACACAGCCUGGCUGGUUGAGGGUCCAGAAAAAAAAAACUCAUGCUCAAAUUGUAAUUGCAGCAUGUUUUCUCGAGUGACCCUGCAUAGCCAAACUGUGGCUGAGUUGCAAUCAAAUGAGCUGCUUUGAAAUUCUUGAUGAAUGGCACUGGCAGCAUUGCUCGUCCCACUGUGAACAGGACCGUAGGUACAGCGAAUUCCCGAAACACGUAUUUAAAGCAACAUGCCCCUUUUGGAGACCACAAGUCUUGCAGAGCGAGAGAAGAUGGGCGCUGGAUCGUGUCCUGUAGAGUAGAUGGCGCCAGAGCCACUCCUGAAUUCCCAGGAAGCCCAAGUGAAAUGCAAUGGAGAGACUCUUGUAGAUGUCACUACACAUGGCGGAGAGAGAAGCAAAAGUUCUCCUAUAGGCUGUCUGUCAAGGAUCAAGUCAUGGCACAUCCUUUCACAAUUCUGAGUGUGGUUCUCAAUAUCGUUCUCAUCAGUCUCCUUAUUGCGUGGUCAGUGAGAAAAUCUGAACUGUGUCUGGCUGAUCCUAAAUCCCCAGAGGCCUCCUGCCCGGAUGGCUGGGUUGGUUACCGAGGGAAAUGCUACUAUUUCUCAGAGGCCGAAGGGAACUGGACUUACAGCCGGAGCCAGUGCUCCUCCCUCAACGCCUCCCUGGCUGGGAUCGACACACAGCAGGAAAAGGUUUUCAUGAUACGCUACAAAGGGCUCCCUGACCACUGGAUCAGCUUCUGGAGGGAACCUAACGGGACCUGGAAAUGGGCCAAUGGCACCGACCUCAACAAUGGGUUUGAAAUACGAGGCAGAGGGGAAUGUGCGUAUAUGAACGAAGUUGGAAUUGGUAGCUCCAGGUGUUCCACACAGAGGAAUUGGAUUUGCAGCAGACCUUCAGUCAAUUGUCACUGGUGUUAAGUAACACUCCAAGCAGAUUGAUUUCUCAGGCCAAGCAGUGACUAAGAAUCAAUUGAUCCUGUUUCAGUCACGAGAGGAACAUAGGGCACUGAUGCAACCACAUUUUUAAAAAAUGGUUCUGGAUAUAAAUGGGUGUCAGAUGCUUGUAGGCAGUCAGAGGAGAGCAGCAAAAAGUUGGAUGACCUGUCUCCCCUCCAGUCACUUUAGGUCUGGUGGGCAUACAUCUCCCUGACAUGCCAAUGGAGCAGAGUUCUUCCCCCUGCUGUUCCUCAGUGGCUGCGUUAGCCUGUCUAGUCACCUCUGGUCUUCACUGUACAGCAUUCAACUUGUGUGCGGAUGCCAGACUCUCACCUCCCAAAACAAGUCCUCUACUCUCGGUUCUCCCAUGGUCUGAGAUCCUGUGGUGGUCAGAGGAAACGCUACAAAGACACACUGAAAGCGUAUCUCAAGAAAACUGAUGUGGACAUCACAAGCUGGGAGGAGGAAGCCACCAACCAAUCCCAAUGGUGCCAUAUCCUCCAUCAGGCAGUGGCCCACUUUGAGGAGAGGUGCCUUGCCCUCGAAGCUGAAAAGAGAGAAAAAGAGAACUUUCUCCCAGCAGCCAGCUGACCUGCCAGGAAAUGUCUGUAUCUACUGCGGGCGGCUCUGUAGUUCCAGGAUCGGACUCCUGAGUCAUCUCGGGACCUAUAUGGAAAUCCAUGGUAGAGCUCAUCCUCGAAUGGAGGGAUUGCUCCACAACUGAUUGGCAAACAAGGCCUCCAGAAAGAGCUGGAGAUGAAACAUGAAGAUGUACAACUAUCUGCCGGAGAGAUUGACACUCCUUGGUAUAACAGACCAGGAGUUAACACUAGCAGUGAACUAAAAGGACUUUAAAGUUAGGCAAAGGAUGCUUACAAACCUGAUCAGAACUCCUAGUCUGUAUGAGGUGCAUCCAUUAUAAGACUUUGGAAGAGUUAGUGGGUUUUUUUUCUAUUCCAGAAGCUGGCUGGCCCAGCUUGAAUAAAGGUUACAGUGAGGCUUUUUAUGAA